AUGAGGAAACUUGCGGGAACAAAAUGGGGUGCAAAUGAAAAAAUCUUGAAAUCUGUCUACCAAGGAAAUGUACGACCAUACCUUGAAUACGGAUCUAGCGCUUGGAUGACUGCAGCCAAGUCUCACCAUCAGACUUUAGACAAAGUUCAGAAUCAGACACUACGUAUCAUCACAGGUGCUAUGAAAUCAACACCAAUAAAAAGUAUGGAGGAUAUAACAAACAUACCCCCAUUAGGAAAGCGAAGGGAGUGCAAAGCAAUGAUACAGGCCACCAAAUAUCAGUGUUCACAAGACCACCCAAUGAAUACCAGACUAAAACAACUCUCAUCAGGCAGACUGAAAAGAUCCAGCUUUACAUUAGAGACAAGAGCAUUGCAAAGAAAACACCAGGAAGCCCUACCAAAAUAUAUAGAACCCAUAGUUUUCACAAUGAAUAACACCCCUUGUGAAGAAAAACUUGGAAAUGUCACCAUCCAGACCUCAGUUCCGCUCAUUACCACCAGAGAUGAACAGACUAGUAACGUAAAGAAAAUACUUACAAUGAGUAUGCUUGAAGAACAGUAUCCUUCGGAAACUUGGCCCAAUGGAGAUCAACAAUCAGAGGCAAUACCAACAGGCCUACAUUGUUCAAACUACAAAGCUGAAGAAGAAGCCAUUACUCAUGCUGCACAUUCCAUCAAAAACAAAAUCGAUGAUACAUCUCAAGUAGUAUUCCUGACUGAUGCCCUCUCUGUUCUACAAGCUUUGAAGAACGACAAGCUGCCUCAACUCCAACAAGCUUUAUACAACAUCAAAAGUCUGACAACAGUUAUCCAGUGGAUCUCUUCACACUGCGGAGUUUGGGGUAAUGAACAAGCCAACAGAUUAGCAAAGUAUGGUGCUGAACAAGAACAGGAAGAAAAUCCAGUCUGCUUUUCAGAGAUGAAGACUAUCAUAAAAUCUCUGUUCAACACUCCACAGCAACAAGAUAGUUACCACCAGCUAACAAGAUCUGAACAAACCACCAUCUUUAGACUGAGGACAGGACACAACAGACUCAACCAACAUUUAAACAAAGUCAUGAAAGUGUUCCAUCUCCUAUGUGUCCUUGUGGAGAAGCAGAGCAGGAUACAGCACACCUCCUACAGUCAUGCAAUCUCCACCAGGCAUUGA